AUUACAUGACCCACAUUCCGCCCAUGUGCGUACCUGAGUGAAGCUUAGCGGUGCUGACUGAUGCUGAUGCUGAUGCUGCUGCUGCUGCUAAUGCUAGGGUAAACUGGCGCAUCGGAAGUAGUCGCGCGUCAAUCUCGUGCGUGUGACUAAUUGAGCGAGCGGGGAACGCCGAAAGAAGGUUCUAUCUACGCAGGAAGUCUCAUUGGCGUUUCACGGCCGAGGAGUGCAUGAAGGGGAGGAAAGGGACAGUGCAAGUCGCCAGGGUAUCAAUCGUGCGCAAAGGGCAUGCAUGCAUCGGAAGCUGUGAGGCCUGCCGUAUCUUCACCUUGUCGUGCGUCGCCGCACUGAUAAGCCAAUAUAUACAUACAUCUAAGGGAUGCAGUACAGAAGAUAGGAAAGUCUAUAAAAUGAGUUGGGUAUCUUUAUUAGUACCGGCGCCAGGCCGGCGAUCGCGCGGGACAAGAACUGUCUGUCGCAUGGAUAAGGUUGCGUGGAAGCGUCGAUGGGACAGGGUCGCGUGGAACAGUCGCGUGGAGGGGCCAGGCAAUGUCGCUGGGAAGUGUCGCACGGGCCAGCAAUGCAGAGUCGGAGGGGUGUCUAUCGCAAUGGACGGUUGUCGCAUGGGUAUCGUAAGGCAUGGUCGUAAGAUCGUUAUGGGUAUCAUAGGGGAAAAUCGCGUGGGUCGUGUCGGUCGUCAAACAUCACCGGUGAUGCUGGCUAGGUAGGUUGUUGGAACGUCGUUCAUUACAAACUCGUAAGAACAGGAUGGUGGCAGUGCCGACACCAUUUAUCGGAGAAGUAGAUGCCGUAUGUCGAAUCGUGUACAGGUCAUCGAGGUACGGCGUCGAGGGCGACUGGGCCGUUGGAAGCAGACUGUGACUCCAAGCGCCGUAACAAUGAUCGCAAACA